CUUGCCUUCCUCGCACCAGAGACCAGAGGCAGCAGGCACCUUGGCACUCGAUCUCUCUCUCUCUCUCUCUCUCUCUCUCUCCUCUCCUCACCAUCUUACUCUCCUCCCUCACCACCAUCUCCUCCUCCCUCACCACCUCAAAAUAAUGUCUGUCUAUACAGGAGCCUCGCGUGGCGAGCUGAUUGCAUGGCUCAACGACUUGCUCGCACCCCAGGUCGUCCAGAAGGUCGAGGAAUGCGGCAAGGGCGUCAUCCUCUGCCAGGUUCUCGACUCGAUCUAUGGCGACCUGCCCAUGUCCCGCGUCAAGUUUAACGCGCGUAUGGAGUACGAGUACCUCGAGAACUUCAAGAUCUUGCAAAAGGCCUUUGCCAAGCACAAGAUCGACAAGCCGAUUCCCGUCGGCAAGCUCGUAAAGUGCAAAAUGCAAGACAACCUCGAGUUCCUGCAAUGGAUGAAGAAGUUCUGGGACGCCAACUCGACUGGAGCGGCGUAUGACACUGCGGGGCGGGGCAUGAUUGCGUCGUCUGGAUCCAGCGCACCUGCGCCGCGCACGAGCACCUCUGCGCGCGCUCCCGCUCCCGCCCCCCGCUCCUCCGUUGCUGCUGCCGCUGGGGCACGCGCGCCUUCCGCCGCUUCAGCCGCGCAGCUGUCCCAGCUCAAUGCGCAGGUGCUUGAAAUGCAGGCACAGUGCGAGGGUCUCGAGAAGGAGCGCGACUUUUACUUUGCCAAAUUGCGCUCGAUCGAGCUCAUCGUCGGUGACCGCAUCAACUUUGAGCACAUUGACCCCGAGGAGCGGGAUACGCUUGCCAAGAUCCAAGAGGUGCUGUACCAGACCGAGGACGGCUUUGAGGUGCCAAACGAAGAGUUUGAGGGCGAGUUGGACGACGAGGAGACGUUUUAAAUGCGGGGAUUCGCCUCCCGCUGCACGACAUGCCGAUUAUUGUAAUGCCUAGAACGGUAGUGAGCGUAUGGACAUACAUGCGCGAGUGGGGAA